AUGUCUUCUGCAUCAAACAAUCAGGAGCAUUAUGUCAUGGAGGGUGUUGAAGGCGAGUUACAGAGGCUCGCUGAUCAACACGCGGUGUUAAAGCAUGCCAUGGGAGCGCUGACGGUUGCACCUGUUGACUUUUCCCGUCCCAAUCUGCGAAUUCUGGACUCGGGGACUGCAGACGGUCUGUGGCUUCGUGAACUCCAAGAAUCUCUCGGAGACCGCGAUGGCACGCACGAGUAUAUCGGCACCGAUAUCGCGUCCGCUUUCUUCCCGAAACAGGUGGCCCCGGCCUUCGUUUUCUGCAAUCAGUCCAUCACACAGGACUGGCCGCAAGCGUGGGAACACUCCUUCGACUACGUUCAUCAGCGCCUCACGCUGGCCGGGGCCGCUCAGACCCCCGUGAUCGACUGUGUCACCCGCCUUGUGCAGCUCGUCAAGCCGGGAGGAUGGAUCGAGCUUGUCGAGGCAGACUUCACGGGGCCUUCUACCAAUGGGCCGGCCAUGAAGCAGUUUGAGACCAUGAUGCGCCAGUUCUUAACUGCUGUCGGCGUCGGUUUUGAGUACGCGCGGCCCUUGAAGGCAUACCUGCAGGGUGCUGAGCUCCGCAAUGUGCACGAGCGCAUCUUUAACAUUUCUUAUGGUGCUGCGUGCAAAGAUGCCCAGAUCGCUACAAAAAGCGUGUCACACUUGGUGACGGCUUCGAAGGGCCUGUGGGAGUUUACGCACGCUCAAGCCUCCGUCACACCCAACAGAGGCGAGCUGGAAGACUUUCAGAACGCAAUUCAGAAGGAGUUGGAAGCUCAAGGGGCCCAUUUCAAGAUGGUGGCAGUGUGGAGUCAGACAUCUCUGUAG